AUGUUCAAAGUUUGGACCGAGAACAGGGACCACACCAAGGAAGGCCACACCCUUACGGGCACGCUCAAAUACAAGGGGAAAACAAUUUGGGGCCCCCGCAUGUGCCACCGCAACACAUUCCUUCUGGGAGAUGCCCUGCAAGCGGCCGAUUGGCGCUUUCUCAUGAUAUUCGAGCCCAGGGAAAAAUCAAUAGAAGGACACACGCGCUAUAUCAGCGUCAAGGACUGGAACGGAAAAGUCAUCCUGGACAAACUCAUGACCCACCCCAAUAUGGAUGAUCUGGCUGAUAAAGCUGUCGAGAGUGCCUCUAAAGAUGGGCCCCCUAUCCCACGGGAGGGGGUGUGA